UAUUUCGCUGGAACAAAUUAGCCACGUGUUAAUAAAGAGUUUAAUAAAUGUUACUUUGAAGUUUUUAUAUAUUUUUGCAAUCGUUAUUGUUUACAAUUAUAUAUACCCGUACAUCUGGUAUUAUGCCCGUGCUUGUGGACAGACUGGCCUUUCUGAAUAAAAACGUAGAGGAAUGCAGCUCUCUACCUUUACAUGAAGGCCAGCUGGAUCUGCAUUCUUGCUAAAUACCCAGGAGUCACGCCGCCUGCUCCAUCUUCUGGGAGAGCACAGUUAUGGAGGAGCUGGUGUGGGAACAAUACGCAGUGACUCUGCAGCGGGACUCCAAAAUGGGGUUUGGAAUAGCUGUAUCAGGUGGGAAAGACAAUCCGAAUGAAGAGACCGGAGAAACAUCCAUCAUCGUCUCCGAUGUGCUUCAGAGAGGGCCUGCAGAUGGGCUACUGUUCGAGAACGACCGAGUGAUCCAGGUCAACACCUGGCCCAUGGAGAGUGUGCCUCACUCAUUUGCUGUACAGACUCUUCGAAAGUGUGGCAAAGUCGCAAAAAUAUUAGUAAAGAGACCACGGAGGAUUCCCAUCAGCCUAGCAAAGCAUGCACCCUCCCCAGACGCCCGUGUCUUCAGUAACCCCGACUACGGUGACGACUAUGACCAGGACCGUGGCAGCAUGUACAGCGGGCGUAUGGACUAUGACACUAGCUCAGAGCGAGGCUAUCCGGACUCAGAGUAUAGCUAUGAGCGUGGCCGCCCACGGACCCUGGAGCGGGGCAUCAGCCCUGAGCGACAGCACAGGAGGGAUGGCAGUCGGGGCCGACAACUGGAGCGGGAGCAGAGUCCCGAGUUUCAGUACCGGCGGGAUGGUAGCCGGGGGCGACAGCUAGAGCGGGAGCAGAGCCCCGAACGUCAGCACCGGCGGGAUGGUAGCCGUGGGCGACAACUAGAGCGGGAGCAGAGCCCCGACCGCCAGUACAGACGGGAUGGUAGCCGUGGGCGACUGUUAGACCGGGAGCAUAGCCCUAAGCCACGUCGCCGCAGCCCCGACCGCCGCUAUCGUAGCGAAUACACCCUGGACCGGGACUACAGCCCAGACCAGAGCUAUCGCUCUAACCGAGAUCUUAGCCCAGACCGCCGUUACCGUAGUGACUACACCCUGGACCGGACACACAGCCCUGAGCCUUCCCGUCGCAUCCCAGAACCAAAGAGGUUUGAUGAGAUGGCAAAGAGGAGCGGCAGCCGAGACCGCCUGGAGCGCUCGCCCUCACCAGUGCCACCGCAGAGGACGGAGGCCCUGGAGAAACCGAUCAGUGUCAUGCUUCAGAAGAACAGACCCAACGAGGAAUAUGGCCUGCGUUUGGGCAGCCAACUCUUCAUUAAAGAGAUGACCAGCACAGGACUGGCGUCCAGAGAUGGCAGCCUACAGGAAGGAGACAUCAUCCUUAAAAUCAAUGGUACAGCCACGGAGAACCUGUCCUUGAGUGAUGCCGGGAAAUUGAUUGAGAAGUCUCGUGGGAAACUGCAGCUGGUGGUGCAGAGAGAUCACCGCAAGGUUCUAAUUCGCAUGCCACCAAUGGCUGACAGUGAUUCUGAGCUGGAUGAUAUUUCUGAGAUCGAGUCCUACCGGUCAUAUUCUCCUCAGGAUGACCGGCGAGGUCACCACUCGGACCCUUCACCCCACUCCUCCAAUGAGAGGCUUCGUGAAAAGUCCAGGGAUGACCCUCCAAACAGACUGGCUAAGAAAGGUGCCAUACCAACACCAUUUCUAGCAUCUGCAGAUGAUCUACCUCCUCCACCACCAAUGGAGGAGGACGAACCUCUCCCUGAGGAAGCUCCAGCUCCAGUGGUCAGUGCUGCCCCUAAAAUCAGUGUUCCACCAAAACCCAGAGUGCCUCCAAAAACUCCCCUGCGACCAAGCCCAGAGGACCUGGAAGUCUACGGGCCUGGCACAGUGAUGGUGCACUUCCAGAAGGGUGACAGUGUGGGCCUUCAGCUGGCAGGGGGCAAUGAUGUGGGCAUUUUCAUAGCGAGCGUUCAGGAGGACAGCCCUGCUGAGGUUGAGGGCCUGCGCACAGGGGACCAGAUUAUGAAGGUGAAUAACAUGGACUUUAGAUGUAUGGUGAGAGAAGAUGCAGUGCUGUACUUGUUGGAGAUUCCUAGAGGAGAAAAUGUCACUAUCCUGGCACAGAGCAAACCUGAUGUGUAUAAGGAGGUUCUGGAGUCUGGACGAGGAGACAACUUCUUCAUUAGAACCCACUUUGAGCAUGAGCGAGAAUCUCCACAGGGCCUGACCUUCUCCAGGGGAGAAGUCUUCAAAGUAGUGGACACUCUGUAUGACGGCAAACUGGGCAACUGGCUAGCCAUCCGCACCGACAAAGACAACCAGCUACUCGAUAAAGGUGUCAUCCCCAGCAAGAGCAGGGCUGAUCAGAUAGCCAACGCGCAGAACACACAGAAGGGAGCAGCCAAUGACAGAGGAGAUUUCUGGAGGCUGAGGGGUCAAAGGGCAGGCAAGAAGAAGGACCUCCGGAAGAGCAGAGAGGACCUCACAGCCACGCCCAUCACCACACGCUUCCCUGCCUAUGAGAGAGUGGUGCUGCGAGAAGCUGGGUUCAGGAGACCUGUGGUUCUUUUUGGUCCGAUUGCUGACGCAGCUAACGAGAAAUUAGCAAAUGAUCUGCCAGAGGAGUUUGUCAUUGCAAAGACAGAGCCCAAAGAUGCAGGUGCAGAGAAGUCCUCAGGAGUGGUGAAACUAAACACUAUCCGGCAGAUCAUUGAACAAGAUAAGCAUGCUUUGGUCGACAUCACCCCCAAAGCCGUGGACACAUUAAAUUAUACCCAGUGGUACCCCAUCGUGGUAUUCCUGAAUCCAGACAGCAGGCAAGGCGUGAAGACCAUGAGAAAUCGUCUGAUGCCCGGCUCCAACCGCAGCUCUCGCAAGCUCUACGAGCAGGCCGUGAAGCUGAGGAAGACCUGCUCCCACCUCUUCACUGACACCGUGGACCUGAACGCAAGCCAUGACGCCUGGUACGGGAGCCUGAAGGACACCAUUCACGCACAGCAGAGCCGAGCUGUGUGGGUCUGCGAGAGCAAAAUGGAAGGCUCCGAGGAGGACCUGGACCAGCAGGACGACCGUAUGUCCUACCUGUCGGCCAUGGGCGCCGACUACCUGAGCAUGGACAGCCGCCUGACCAGUGAUGACGAGGGAGGGGCUUACACAGACAAUGAGCUAGACGAGGCCGUGGAUGAGCCACGGGUGUCGGGCACCAGCCGCUCAUCUGAGCCGGUGCUCCCUGAUGAGAAGCCUGCCCCUGUGCCCCGUAUGAAGCGGUCUGGAAGCAGGGAGGUACUGCGGGACCCCAGCCCACCUCCCUCCUUCGUUCCAGAACCCCCCAAGGCCAAGUCGCAGCCUCGAGGCAGUGACACAAGGAGCUUCAACUCUCCCUCCAGCAGCGUGGUGAGCAGUGAGGUUUCCGCCAGCUUAAGGCCCCCUCCGCCCCCCGUAGCCCAGAAGCCCAGCUUCCUUGGGAGGGCCGGCCCGGCUUUGGAGCCUGCCUCAGAUGUGGAUGACCCAGCCAAACGCUCCUUCCUGGGCAAGGUGAAGGCCUUUGAACAGAUGGACCACCUGGCCCGAACACAGAGGAUGCUGGAGCUCCAGGAGGCUGAAUACGCACGGCUGGAAAUCUCUCAGAAACACCCAGACAUUUAUGCCGUCCCCGUCAAACCAAAGCCCAAUCAGAACAGACCGCAGGCUGUUGGCUCGAGCGCAGAAUCACAUGCCAAGCUAUCCUUCUCAGAGGGUCAUUCCUCUUACGCUGCUGCGGCUAACGAGGAGGAGGACCAGGACCACCGCCAGCUCGCUGACCUGUCUCGCCGAGGCUACUACAACCCCCAGAAAUACAAUGACACCGAGCUAUAGGACUCCACACCCAGGAACUGGGGUCCUUUUUGUCUCCGCCCACGUGUGUCAUAAACGUGGAUGUCAAAAGGCCCCAUGUCCCCUUAUAUUGAAUCUUGGCAUGGGAAAAAUACCUUACACAAAUGAAACAGCAAGUCAGAUAACAUCCUGAAAAGAGUUCCAAUAUUCAAAUUAAGCACAGGAGAGUUACGGUUUGGGCUACUUUGAAGAUCAUGUUUUUCAUUCUAUAUUUAUCGUUUUUUAUAUGAUACUUAGAAAAGAUGGAUAUGUUCAAGUAGUAUACUGCCUCUAUUUACCUUGUGUCUUCUGAAAAUUAAUACAUUUAUCUGUAGUAUCCAAAUUUGUUUUCCCACUAAUGAAAAUCUAUAGUUGUUAUAAGGUUCUAAUCCACACUGAGAAGUGGACAACUGUGCACCUGUGUGAACAGUAAGAAUGCGUAACCUGCCAUAAACACAACAUAUCGUUCAGUUGCCUUAAAUAUUAUUCUUCCUCAUCUUAUACAUUUGAAAGUGGUUUUGUUAUUCAUUUAACAUGCAUGUGAAUUUUUUUAGAUCACUUUGCAUUUUGGUUUGAUUCAAAAUAUCAGGU